AUGGAGACUUCCAGUGGCAGUAGCUCGAAGAGCACGCCGACGCCUGAUCAAUGCAGAGACCACCUUGAACUCGGCAUUGCGCUCAGCCUGUACUCCUGGCCGGCCCUCUCCCUUGCCGUAACCAACUCCUGGGGCGGCGCCGACAGUGACGAGAAGCGCCAAUGGUUUGCCGGCGCCACUUCCGACGUCGUGAUCGAGAAUCCUGAGGAGGAUGCAGAGUGGAUCGAGACGUUCCUGCUGCAGGUCAUGGUGGACGAGUUUGAGGUCGGCGUGGAGGACGACAGCGCGCUCGAGGUUGCGGAGCAGAUCGUGCGGCUGCGGAAGAAUUGUGGGAAUGGAAAUUUCAGUGAGGUGCUGGAGAUGAAGAGGAAGUGGGAUGCGAAGGGAGGGAAGCAGGAUAUUGGGAAGAUAUUUGCCAAGAAAGAGGGAGAAGGGGAGGAUGAGGAUGAGAACGAGGACGAUGAAGAUGAUGAGGACGAUGAAGAUUUCGAAAUGAAUGAGGCGCCGCCGUUGGUCAGAGUCAGGGAACCGGUUGUGGCGGAAGUCGACGAAGAUGGGUUUACCAAAGUUACCAAGAAGAGGUGA